AUGGAGCCCAGUCACAUCUUCAUGGCUCUGUCUCCCAACCAGAGUGUGGCGGACGGAGGGGGAGACUGGAGCGGGGCACCCCAGGCGUGCCCCCUCAGACCACUGCCCGUCAUCUACUACAGCACCCUGCUCUGCCUCGGAUUGCCAGCUAAUCUCCUGACCGUUCUGGUCCUGUCCCAGCUGAUGUCGCGCCGUCAGAAGUCCUCCUACAUCUACCUCCUGGCCCUGGCCGCAGCCGACAUCCUGGUCCUCCUGGUGGUGUUUGUAGACUUCCUGCUGGAGGACUUCCUGCUGAGGGCCCCCUUGCCGGACGUGCUGCGGGACGUCGUGCAGGUGCUCGAGUUCUGGGCGCUCCACACCUCCGUGUGGGUGGCUGUGCCGCUCACAGUGGACCGCUACGUCGCCGUGUGCCACCCUCUACGGUACCCGUCGAUCUCGUAUCCGGCGCGAACGCGCAGAGUCAUCGCCGCCGUUUAUGUGGGCUGCCUGCUCACUGCCACCCCCUACCUGUGGUGGCCAGACCUGUGGAAGGGCCUGUCUGCGGUGGGGAGGGACCGGGGGCCCUCGGGGGACAGAAACACGAGCGAGGCCGUGCCGGAUGUGACCCAGACCCACAGAACCGUGGGCCAGCACGCGCUCGUGUGGACCCACUGCCUGACGGUCUACGCCGCUCCGUGCUCCGUGUUCUUCGCUCUGAACACCGCCAUCGUGAGGCGCCUGCGCAGCCGCAUGCACAGUCACAGCCACGGCCACCUGCGCCUGAGGGGCCUGGCCACCGGCCGCACCACCGCCAUCCUGCUGGCCGUCACCUCCAUGUUCGCCAUCCUGUGGGCCCCGCGCACCGCCCUCCUGCUGUACCGCCUGUACGUCCCCCAGCAGGAGGACCCCCACUCCGCCCAGCUCCUGCACCUGCUGGCGGACGUGGCUAACAUGCUAGCGCUGCUCAACACGGGCGUCAACUUCUUCUUGUACUGCUUCAUCAGCAAACGUUUCCGAGCGGUGGCCGCCAGCGCUCUGAGGGCCCUCCCCCGGUGCCGGCCGCCUCCGCCGCCCUUCUACGCCGGUCACGCCAUCUCGGCCUCCAGCAGCCCCUGGAUCUCCCCGGCCAACUCACAGCGCGUCAGGAUGUUUGUCUACCAGUACGACAAACACGGCCGACCGGUGUGCAUCUCCUCUUGAGUCAAUCUGUAGGAUCAAUCAUUGGAAACGGGUCUAAGCUCUAUCACUUGGAAUGUAGAGGUGUAGAGAGCUAAUCUAUUAGCAUAGCUUCCAAGAAAUAACCACUGAUAUGUUUUAAUAUUGAUAUCGAUGUAGCAAUAAGGACAAUAACUUUUUCAAUACCCUUCCCGCAUGAAGUAUAGCUGAAAGCGGUGAUUAUGAAUAUAGUAAAGCUACAGCUUCAUCACUUCAAACUGCUAAAUGCCCCGGUGACUGCUUGGUCUUAGUAGGAGGUUCCCUCUGAAGUGGAAGACCACAGUGGUGUUCAGACUGCAGGGCUUUCAUGUGUUGACUCACCUUGACCUCAUGCUACUGGAAGUUAAACAUGCUCUCUCAUGUAGGUGUCACAGAUGCACGGGUGACCUUUAAGCUGGUCAGAGAGGCUUUCGUCCUCUGUGAAGUACAAAUGUAGUGAACUUACCUCC